AUGAGUUUUUUCCCCCUUGAACCGAAUACACUUAAUCCAGCAUAUAAUGAAAGUCUUGAAUUUGAUUUAUCAGUUGAAUCACUUGAAGAUGCUGUUCUUAUAUUUAAAGUAAUUGAUUAUGAUCUUGUUGGUGCAAAUGAAUUAAUUGGUUGUGUUGGUAUUGGUGCUCAUUUUGAUGGUAUUAAUUAUGAUCAUUGGUUUCAAAUGUUAGAACAUCCUCGUGUACCAAUAAUCAAAAGUUAUAAUUUACAUGAAACUAUACCAACAAUAGCAUGUUCAAGUUCACAAACUAGUCAUAAAAUAAUAAAUUCGAAUAACAUUUAA